GCUUCAGUCACAUUGAUCAGACAACAACAUGGCAGGAUCCAAGGAAGGCUCUCCUUUCCCAAAUGAAUGUUACAGCUCCUACAAGCCCUCCGGUACAGCAGAAUAUCAUGAAUUCAGCAGCCGCUAUGAGCCAGAGAAUCAGCCAAAGUGCUCCAGUGAAACAGCCGCCACCACCAUUAGCCCCCCAAAGCCCUCCUGGCGGAGUCCUGGGAGGUGGCAACUCCAACCAACAGCAACAGAUAAGACUGCAGCAAUUGCAGAUGGAAAAAGAAAGGUUGCGACUGAAACAUCAAGAACUGCUUCGGCAGGUGAGGCCACAGGCAUUGCGGAAUAUCAAUCCCAGCACAGCAAAUUCUCCAAAACGUCAGGAAUUGGCUCUCCGUAGUCAGCUUCCCAGUAUGGAACAAGACGGCUCCCAGAAUCGAGUAUCCUCUCCUGGAAUGUCUCAAGAACUGAGAACAAUGACCACAACUAGCUCAGAUCCUUUUCUUAACAGUGGAACAUACCACUCCAGAGAUGAGAGCACAGACAGUGGGCUCAGCAUGAGCAGUUACAGUGUUCCCAGAACUCCAGAUGACUUCCUCAAUAGUGUUGAUGAAAUGGAUACAGGUGACACUAUCAACCAAAGCACCAUCCCCUCCCAUCAGAACCGUUUUCCAGACUACCUUGAAGCCAUUCCAGGGACUAAUGUGGACCUUGGAACGCUGGAAGGUGAUGCAAUGAAUAUAGAAGGAGAGGAACUGAUGCCAAGCCUACAAGAAGCUUUGAGCUCUGAUAUCCUUAAUGACAUGGAGUCUGUGUUGGCAGCCACCAAGCUAGAUAAAGAAAGCUUUCUUACCUGGUUAUAGGGGCCUCAGGGAGAUGGAAUUUGAAAUCUUUGAAGGAUCUAAGGAGAUAAGACGUGUACCUGUUGUUGAGAACAAGCCUGUAUUGCAAAGGCGUCUUGGCUUAUGAUCAGAAAGGAAAACAUGUAAAUGAACAAAAUACUUCAGAUUUUGUUGAUCCAAUGUUUUGUUCUUUUUUGUCCAAUCGCUGCUGUUAUACCGCUGACCUCUUUCACAGUUGAUUCUGAAGAAUUCACUUUUUUUUCCUGUUGCAACUACUGUUCAGCAUGGUGGUAAUGGAGAGGGAAAGGAUGGGAAAGAGAGAGAGAGAGAGAGAGAGAGACCAGCUAUGUUUCCGGAUAAUAUCUACCAUUCCUUUUGCCCUGCUUUCUGUUUGCAUGUCCUUUCCUUUGACUAUGGAUGUUGUGGAGCUUAAGCUUUCGCGGCAAAAAAAAAAAAGACUUGACAGGUCCAGCAAGCCAAAAAUGAUGUAUCUGAUGGGGGGGAAAGUCAGUACUGAUUUGGAGAUAAGGUGUAAAAUGUUUUAUUGUUGGGCACAAACCAUCAGACAUUUUAGGGUUGAAUACAGUUCUUCAUGCUGCUUGAUCUAUAUUGAACUGAAUAAAAGAUAUAUGCCAAGGAUGGCUGUUGGAUUGUGUCCACUGGCAGCUUCUUCUUAAUUCCCUCAGUUAGUUUGCUCACACUUUACAGCAUCGUAAGCAAAUCCUUUUAUACAAAAAACAUGGAUCUUGAUUGUUGCCUCUUAACUUUAGCUUGUUUUCCAAAUUUUAGAUCUAUUUUUAAUUAUAGCAGUAGAUUAGAAAAGGAACUUUUUUGGUUCUGUUGUGUGUAUUGGUUGUUUUUGUUUUAAUAUUUUUAAAUAGUGAAAUCUAAAUUUCCUGACUUCACCUAGUCUUAUUUAAGUCUGAAUGGUUUUUUUUUUUAUACUAAACUAGUAUAGCCAGUUAAUAUCAGUAGUUCUAUGUUUUGCUUACAGCUUUUAAAAAGAUAGCUUUGAAUGUAUUCAUUAGAUUAAAGAACCAUUGGCUUAAGUUUCACCCCUCUACCCAGAAUUCAAAGAAACUUCCUCUUACAGAAUCCUUUGCCUAAAUGUACUUAUUUGAACGUUAGUCUCACUUAUUUUGGAAGGAGUUUUUGAAGUAUUUUUAACAUUGCCAUUUAAGAAUGGCCAGCUGUAUGGCUUUUACCCUGAGUUUUGAACACAGCAAACAUUACACUGAGUUUUCAUCAAAGAACAGCUCUUACCAUUGUUUGGAGAGCUUUUUAAUUUUGAUGAAGUUGGUGGCUUGAGAAUCAAGUGUCCCUAAUGGAUAGAAAAUGAUGCUUUCCUGUACAUAGUUUCAUUAUACUGUCUGCACUGUCAUGUGAGUUUACAAUAUUAGCAGUGGGAACACUAAAGUUAAACUGUAUCAGAAGCAUACUGAGAAAUAAGUCCAUCGUGCAUUUAGAAGACUGUAAAGAUAUGUGGUAGAUGGCAACAUGAGCAUGUAGUUGACUAUGUAUUUUAGCUGUAGUGAUUAGCACUGAAGUCAAGGAGUGAGUACAUAUCUAUAACUUUACUUUUAGUAGGAAAGGAUUAUCCUCAAAGUUGUCUGUAGGAAUUGUGAUACUUUCCAAAGAGUAUUUUAAAUGAACAAAAUGCCCAUGUUGCAAUAUAAGCUAUGAAGCCUUUUUUCUUUAUAUGCAUUGGCACCAAUAAGUGCCUUAAAGGUCUGUCAACAUUCCCAUUAAUUUGUUGUCUUUAUUUGCAAGAGUUUAUAAUAUAACCAUCAAGGAAAGUUUAAACCUGAAAUUUAGUAUAUAAUUUUCAGACUAGGAUAUACUAAAAGGUUGGAUGGAAUCCAGUUCUUUGCUCAAGUUGGUGAAGGUUAUUUCCACUUGAUGUAUUGUGAAGCAGGAAGUAUGCCCCCUCUCUCAUGCCCUCAAAAUCUGCUCUAAAGAGAUUGCUUUUCUGGAAGAGAUUUUGUGGGCAUAUGGAGAGAAGUCUAGAAGUGUAAUGCUGGCUUUCACCAAUUACUUGUCCCUUUCUAGUUGACGUGAGGAUGACGUUAACAGUUGCAGCCUUGAGUUUUGUGUAUGCCGAUAAGCCACAGCUUAAUGAAUUAUUUUUCUUCUGCAAUGCCAUAUUAGCCUCCUAGUCAGUUAACAUGUGAAUGGAUCAUAUGAACAGAUUCUCAGUCCCAUUAAGAGGAUUCUUGUUUUUUUAAUUCCCCACAAUUUCUGAGAAAUACUUGAAAGCCAACUGAAAUUAAAUAUAAAUUGAUUGAAAUAGUGUUUCAAACAGGAGAAAAGGUGAGAAAUUUGGAGUUCUUGCAUUUGGGUUUGCUUGUUUUUUCCAUAUACAGGAGGACCAUGUGCACAUGUUUGAAUAUCAAAUAGGAACUCCUGAAUUCCUGUAUCCAGAAAUAGUUUUUUGUUUGCUUUACUUGGUUACAGCUUUAAAAUUGGAACAUUUUUUCCCAAUUUUUCCUUGUUGUACACUACACUACAUAGCUCAAACUAUAUUUGAGUAGCACUGUUAGAGGAGUACUUACAUAAAACUCAGAAUUCUUGGAUUUUUCUUAACGGUAAGCUGUCUGCACAGUACUUAACUCUAGUUACUUUUUAAGCCUCUUUAUUAGAUGGGAAAUGUGCCUUAGUGAUCAUAUGUACUGUUGGCAGAAGAAAAACAAAAUAAACUAGAUGCUAUUACAAGUUUUUAUUGAAAUCUAUCAUUUGACAAAGUGGCUUACCUUUUUUUGGGGUAUUGAAAUGCAAAAGAAAAGUAUUAUAGGUAGUAUUUUGUAUUGAUUGGUGUAUAUAUUUAAACAGAUUACUGUCCUAACUUUAUGGCUUCUAGAUAUUUUUUUUAAGUACAGUGUGUUCAGAAUGCAAUGAAAGCUUAUGAAUUCUUGUGUAUGUUUGGCAACAUGCUUUGAAAAAUAUACUGUUUCGAUAAAUCAUGUGGAUUCAAAGUUGUACCAAUCAGUGUUGGAGCUCAAGCAAUGCAAGGUUGAGAGCAAUUAAUGGUACCCUAUCUUUUGCACAUAUGGAAAAUCCCUAUUAAAAUGACUUCAUUUGCAAUCAUGGGGGGAGCGACUUUUUAUACAAGAGGCGGGUUUGUACGUCUGUCUAAAGUGACACUUUCUUCUUUAGGGUGAAAAACCUCUAUAUUUUAAAAUGUUUUCUAUUAGAGAACUCUGAAACACAAUUUUCAAAUAUAUAUAGCUAUAAAUGUUAUAUUUUCUUUAGGUGUAAGAGCAUGCCUCUGUUAGAUAUCCUAGUAAAUUCUGUUACAUUUUCUUUUAUGUAAUACAUUUUUUUCACUGCUUUUUUGUUUUACAUGAUAUAAAUAUAUACUUUGCGCUUACAUUGUGUUUGUUUUAUUU